AUGGCCGUCUUUCACGAUGCUGCUGGAGGAUGCUUUUAUGGAGAAUGUACAGUACGUCUAAUGAAUGGAAUCACUAAAUUGGUAAGAGACGUGAUACCAGGUGAUCGCAUGGCAUCACAUGGCGGAACGGUUAUCUUUGUUGUUAAAACAAAAUGUCAAAAUCAAAAAGCAAAAAUGGUUAUCCUUGAAAAUGAUUUGAUCAUUACUGCUUGGCAUCCUAUUCGACUUCAUGGACAAUGGACUAUGCCUUGUUCACUUGUCUCAUCGCCUCAUGAAAUUUCCUGUGAUGCUGUGUACAAUUUUGUACUGAAUGGAGGUCAUACGGUAUUAGUCAACGAUGUUGAAUGUGUAACUUUAGGUCAUGGAUUUAAAGAAGAUGUUGUCCGUCAUGCUUACUAUGGAAGUCAAAAAGUAAUUAAAGAUUUACAAAGACUUAAUUUAGAACAAAAAAAUGCAGGAUUCAUUGAAAUUACUCAAGAAACAUUGAUGCGUAAUAUAAAAACUGGUCUUAUGAAUGGAUUACAAUCACAACAAAUAUUAGUUCAAUGA